UGCCCGAGCCAUUGCCACACUUAUUCCCAAGUCCCUGAACGGCCUACCCUGGGAAAUACAGACUAUGCAUUUGAGAUGGCCAUUUCAAACAUCCGAUAUGGAGAAGGUGUUACUAAAGAGAUUGGCAUGGACCUGCAGAAUCUUGAUGCUAGAAGAGUUUGUUUGAUGACAGACAAAAACCUCUCCCAACUCCCUCCUGUAAAUGCAGUAUUGAAUUCCUUGGCAAAAUACGGCAUAAACUUUCAGAUGUAUGAUAAUGUCCGGGUGGAACCAACAGACCAAAGUUUCCUGGAUGCCAUUAAAUUUGCUAAAAAGGGAGAGUUUGAUGCCUAUGUUGCUGUUGGAGGUGGGUCUGUAAUAGACACCUGUAAAGCUGCCAACCUGUAUGCGUCCAGCCCUACAUCAGACUUCUUGGAUUAUGUCAAUGCACCUAUCGGGAAAGGGAAGCCUGUCACUGUCUCCCUCAAGCCACUUAUUGCAGUUCCUACGACAUCUGGAACUGGAAGUGAAACCACUGGUGUUGCCAUUUUCGACUUCAAAGAACUAAAAGUAAAAACCGGUAUUGCUUCGAGAGCCAUUAAGCCAACGUUAGGCAUCAUUGAUCCUUUACACACGCUGUCUAUGCCUGAGCGAAUAGUGGCCAACAGUGGCUUUGAUGUGCUUUGUCACGCUCUAGAAUCGUACACAGCUCUUCCUUACACCAUGCGCAGUCCCUGCCCUUCAAAUCCAAUCAGCCGACCAGCUUACCAAGGCAGCAACCCCAUCAGUGAUGUCUGGGCUCUUCAUGCUUUGCGCAUUGUGGCUAAAUAUUUGAAAAGAGCCGUCAGAAACCCUGAAGACCGUGAAGCAAGAGCCAACAUGCACCUCGCAAGUGCUUUUGCUGGCAUUGGCUUUGGCAAUGCUGGUGUUCAUCUCUGCCAUGGAAUGUCUUACCCUAUUUCUGGUUUGGUGAAAACUUAUAAACCAAAGGAUUAUAACGUGGAUCACUCUUUAGUGCCACAUGGCCUUUCUGUGGUGCUGACAUCCCCAGCAGUGUUUGCUUUCACAGCACAGAUACAUCCUGAGCGGCAUUUGGAAGCUGCAGAGAUACUAGGAGCUGACAUCCGCACUGCCAGAAUCAAAGAUGCGGGGUUUAUUUUGGCAGACACGCUCCGGAAAUUCCUAUUUGAUCUGAAUGUUGAUGAUGGCUUGGCUGCAAUUGGUUAUUCUAAAGCAGACAUCCCUGCAUUAGUCAAAGGCACUCUGCCUCAGGAGAGAGUGACUAAACUAUCACCGCGUCCCCAAACAGAAGAAGACUUAUCUGCCCUCUUUGAGGCUUCCAUGAAGCUUUAUUAGCUUAAACAUUUUGUUCCAAAAAGUGUGCUCUAUUCUAACAAAAAGGUAAUUUCUUAUAGCUAUGAGGCUGAAAUUGUUUAGAGAAUGGAAGAACUUGUGUGUCUUUGACUUCUGUUCCAUUGUAUGCUGCCAAAAGGUCAAGUAAUUCAUGUUCGACUAAAUAGCACUCUGAAGUAAAGGCUUGACUGUGUUUUUUUUUUCUUGCUCAGUAGUGAGUGGUAUUAACUUGUAUAAAAGUUGGAGCAAUCUUCUCGCUUUACUGAAGGCAUUCUUGUGCGUUAGAGGUGGUCAAAGGUGGAAAAAAAAAUAAGGGAUAUUCCAAAAUAUUUUAGAAAUCAUGGUUUUUAUUGAAA